GUUAAAUUGGGCUGGUUGCCUUCUGCCUGCCCAAACAAGCUUGACAGAUUAUUGUAAAAAUACCUUUUUUUAGAAAUGGUAUUGAUUUUAAAAUAAGUAAUUCAUUAUUCAGUUCAUAAAUAAUCAAUAAAAUGGAUCACAUUUUUACUAUAAGUAAAAAACCUACCAAAUCUCUAAAUUCAUACAAACAGAACAUAUUCAACAAAUUAGAGAAGUCUAUUGUGUGUUCCAUAUCAAGUACUAAUGUGGUAGCUUUUAGUACUGAAAGUAACUUGGAAGAAAGUGGCUCAUUAUUUUGGAGCUCAAAUGUUUAUGUGGCCGAUUUAAAUAGCCCCUGGCAGGUGCACAAAAUAUUGUCAAAUUCAUCCCCAGUAACAGUAUUACAGUGGGAUUUCACAGGGGAAUUGCUAUUAAUUGGAGAUGAAGCAGGGAAUGUUAGGAUUUAUAAGACUAAAGAUCACAUUUUGAAUGAGUGGACUUUAGUGUUGCAUACUACAUUGCAGGGAGAACAUAUCUUAUCAGCAGCUUUCUUUCAUUCAGGAAAAAGGAUUUGUCUUAACUCAGAGAAAAAAGACAGUUCAUCUUACAAUGAUAAGUUUCAACAUCUCAAAUUUGCAUGUUCGGUUAAGCAGUUUGGGGGUCGGCCGGCCACAGGGGCUUUAUUGUUAACUACCACUGGUAUGUUGGCUGCUGUUAUGCUACCACAACCAACAAGUCAGUCUCCUAUGAUUAUGGCAACUGAAAGUCUAGGCCCUACGAGGAUAUUUGUGAAAACUGCAGACAUAUGCUAUGGAAAAAAUGGACAUUUUUUGUUGGCUGUAAGCAGUGGCAAUCCAAUAAUGCCAAUACAGUGUUACAAAGUAUCUGUAAAGAAAAUGGAGGAAAAAUGUGAGAUUCAAAGCCAAUGUCUUCUUAGCUUUUACUUGUUUGAAGCACCAAAAGAAGCUAUGAUGGAUCAAUUAACAAAAGACAAGCGUUGCUCAGUAAAUCAAAUUAAAUGGAUUAUGAGGGAGGAUGCAGAUUCCUUGGUGGUUUCUGCAAGUAGUGAUAAAAUGAGUUGUCUGCAAGUUUGGGAGUUGCGGGAAAAGGCUGUGCCAGUUCAUAAGUCUUUGGGAAAACCUGAAACACCACAGUUUUAUAAUACAGUGUUAUGGCAAUACCAGUGCCACUUCCAGUACAACAGCAAGGUAACAUCACUCUCCACCAGCAAACUAAGCUUAAUAAACAGCCCAUCCAGCGGUUACAUUGUAGUAACAUUUGCCGACAACACCAUCCACUGUCUGUACAAGGACUCCUUAAAACCGAUCGUAAACACAAAACUAUCGAUGACGCCGAGAUACCUUGAAGAACCGAACGCCAAAUACCAAAAAAUCGACACGAAAAUCACAAACAUAGACAUGUCUUGGUUGGGAAACGUGCUGCUUAUCGUCGACUCCGACGACAGUUUGCACUUGUUCAAAUUACCGCCGCAAAUCGACAGCUCCGGCCCUCUAACGGUGCCCUACUGCACCACGAUUCUGGAGUACUGCCUGGUCAGCGGUUUGGAUUGGUUGGAUUUGCUGUUGGUGCUGAGACCAGGGUCUCUAGAUGCUCUGUGCGAUAGACUGACUGAGAGCUUCAAUAGGCAGCCGGCUGCGGUGCAGCAGUUUUUUUAUGUGCAGUAUUUGUGUGUUAAAAUAUCGCUUUUGAGAUUAACUCCACAAGGUGUGAGUAAGGCAAAUGACUUGAGUAGUUUUCUCAUGUUGCACAGUAUUUCAACGGCUUUUAAGAGUUUGUUGAGGCCGAGUGAAAUGAAUAGUCAUGAGAAAAGUCCUGCUGACUCUUUAGCAUCUGUUAUUAGCGAAGGCCAAAGCGACGUGGACAAAGUCCUCAUGCAUCUGGAAGCAAAAGAAUUCACAGUCGAACCGUCCACGUUACAAAGUCUCCAGCAGCUCAUCCAAUGGGUGGCCGAUUUGGCUCUCAACCUGUUGAUCAAGCUUCCCGAUAGCAGGCCCUCUUCCGGCAAACUUUACGAACUGCUGAGGGACGUGAGCGCCCUGAACAUGCUCAGGGAAAUGUUGGUGCUAAUCAGGAUUUGGGGCCUACUGAGACCUGCUUGUCUGCCUGUUUUUAUCAAGUCCGAUGGUUCUUUGGACGUUUUGGCGUUGGUGUUUAGGCUUUUGAGCAGAUUGGUGCAAAAUGUUAAUGAGCCGGAUGAAAGUUUGAUUGAUGAAUGUUGUCUGCUUCCAAGUCAAGUCCAAAUUCAACCACUGCAACAGACCAACAACAAAAUCGCUUUGGCUUGUUCUCAGUUUAGCCAACAAAUUUUGCCAUUGCAUUUGGAAUUUAACAACGAACCCGAGUGUUUGGCGGCAUCUACCGAAGUGAAUAGCGGACAAACAGUGGACUCGAUUAGGCAUCUGUACUUGGGUCGUACGCCCAGGACCAUUAAGCAGUGCGUACGGUGCGGGGGAGCGGCGGGUACAGUACCGGUUACGAGGACCGCCGCCAUACGCGCAUGGGACCAAAGGUGGUUUAGGUCUUGCCAGUGUGGUGGACUCUGGCGAAUGCAAGUUUAUACUUAAAUUUCAAUUAAUUUAUUAUUAAUUUUGAACUGUCUAGAUUUUUUAUAUUUUGUUAUAGUGUAGGUACUUGUAAGUAAAUGUCCCC